AAAAGGUGAUUUUGAUCCCAGUUUGUUUCACUUUUGCUAUAUUAUUCAAGUGGUAAGAAUUGAUCCCAUGUAGCACCCACUACAUGGUGAUCAAUAUUCCAACUAAUUCCAAAUUUUAGCUUCACAAGUGCAUAGUUUGUUUUUCCCCUUUGUUCCCAUGGUCUUGUUUGUAAUGUAGGAAUGGAGAGCUAGGCUACUUAUGGAGCAGUCCUGUGCAAUCAAGUGCCCAUCAAUUUCUUAUCAAUUAGUUGGUACCAAGAAGAUUCAACAAGAGCUUGCAAAACCCAAUGUACUUGAAAGGUUCCUUGAAAACAAAGAUGACAUUGCCAAGCUACGAAAAUGCUUUGCAGGGUUGUGGAGUCUGGAUGAUUCAAACAUUGUCAAGAACGCAAUAGAAAAACCUGAGUUAUAUGUUAUGAAACCACAAAGAGAAGGCGGAGGGAACAAUAUCUAUGGAGAUGAUGCAAGGGAAACCCUCCUAAGAUUGCAGAAGGAAGGGACUGAAGCAAAUGCUGCUUACAUCCUCAUGCAAAGAAUUUUUCCAAACAUAUUUCCCGCUAUUCUGAUGAGGAAUGGCAUCUGUCAUAAAGAUCAUGCCAUAUCAGAACUUGGUAUUUAUGGUGCUUAUCUAAGGAACAAAGAUAAAGUUAUAAUGAACGAUCACUCUGGUUACUUGAUGCGUACAAAGGUCUCUUCCGCGAAUGAGGGAGGCGUUGUAGCUGGAUAUGCAGUUUUGGACAGUAUAUAUUUGGUUUGA